AUGACCUUCUACUCAGAAUACCUUUGGCGGUUAUCUGCCGGGCGUAUCUACAUCGCCGACGCAAAGACUCUGGCCUCCAAAGGCCGCAACGCUGGGAAGAUCCUCGUGGUAUGGUACGACGAAUGUGGUCGAGGAAUCCGUUGCUAUCGCCAGAAACUCGACGAGGCAGUUGAAGAGACUGGCUGUUUCAGUUAUCUCCUCAAAGACCAUGCAUGCUGGGAGAAUGCGGAGAUCUGUGAAUCCUACGAAGAGGGUGCACCCUUGGGACCCCCAUACGGCGAAAAGAAGGACGAAACCUCCGAGUAG